CCCAUAACGUCAGGACAAACCACAUCAGGUGCCUCCACAUCAGUAGCACCACCGUCAUCAGGAGCUACAUCACCAUCACCCAUAGCAUCAGGACAAGCCACAUCAGGUGCCUCGACAUCAGGAGCAUCAACAUCAUCAGGAGCCACAUCACCAUCACCCAUAACGUCAGCACAAACCACAUCAGGUGCCUCGACAUCGAUAGCAUCAACAUCAUCAGGAGCAACAUCCCCAUCACCCAUAACAUCAGCACAAAUCACCUCAGGUGCCUCAACAUCAGUAGCAUCAACAUCAUCAGGAGCAACAUCACCAUCCCCCACAAUAGGUGCAACAACUACAGGGCCACCAAAAGCAGCCUCCAAAUCAGCAGCCAUAACCACAUCACUAGCAACAUCCCCAUCACCUACAACUGGAGGACAAACCACAACAGUUGGCACAUCAAUAGCACAAACUUCAGCUGCAGCAACAAUACAACCCACUACUUCAGAGGCAACAACAGCUGCUGCUUCAACAUCUGUGGCACAAAAAACAACCACAGCAGUUACCUCAAACAGCACUCAAGUUACAACAGCAACUGCACUCACAACCGCAACUGUAGCUAAAUCAACAAGAACAAGACCACCUUCAACAACUUUACCACUCACAAGCAGUGGGCUGCCAACAACAGCAGUACUAAUUGCAACAAUUUCAUUCCCGGUCACAACGCCACCAAAUACGUCAGCAUCAACCACAACCGCACUAACAACCACAGCAGCAGCAACAACAACUGUCCUGCCCUCCACAACUCUAACACAAUCAAGCGCGCCGUCAACAGUUGCACAAACUGCCACACCCACAGCAACAACUACAACUGCAAUAAUAGCUUCAACUACUGCAACAAUAAUACCAACUUCCUCAACGCAACAAGUGAUCACAACUACCACAGCAGGAUCUACAGCACAACAAACUACUGGCACAACAAUGCCACAGACUGUCACGGAAGAAACCGUCGUUCCUGCGACACACGCACCAAUAUAUAACGCACCGACCAUGACAGCAGCAACAACAACUGUGCAAGAGACCACUGCCACUGCUUUCAUCACCACAGCGGGAACAUCACCACUGACAACCACAGUUACACCAUUAACAACACUAAGCUCAGUAACAACUACACUUGAACCUACUACAUUAAUUACAAAAACCACAUCAAUUCCAACAACCGCAAAAUUGACGACAAACAUUUUAACAUCAACAGUAGGAACGUCCUCAAUUGUAUCAACCUCAUUAUCACCUUCACCUGCUCCCUCAACGGCAGCAACGCCUGCACCCGUAAUCACAACAGCAAGUAUGACAGCUGCCUCCACAACAGCAGCACUUCAAACAUCAAUAGCAUCAUCUCCUGUCUCAACAAUAGCAGCAUCAACAGCAGCAACACCCUCAACUAUGAUUUCACCAACAGUGCCAGCCUCUUCAGCUGUAACGACGGCAACAACAGCAGGUGCGACAGCUGCAACAUCAACCGCUGUCCAACCAACAGCAACACCAUUAACCUCAGCAACAGUAGCAUCCAUUCCUGUAACUUCACCAACAGCAACAUCCUCUUCAACUGAAUCAAAAUCAACAACUUCAGGUGUGACAGCUGUCUCAACAACAACAGCACCAGUAACCUCAGUAACAGCAGCAUUCUUACCAACUUCAACUGCACCAAUAUUUUCAGCAGUAACAACAGCAUCAACUACAAGUGCCCUAGCUUCCUCAACAACAUUAGCAGCUGUCUCAACAACAGCAACACCAGUAACCUCAGGAACAGCAGCAUCCUCUCCCGUAACUUCACCAACAGCAACAGGCUCUUCAGCUGUAACAACAACAACAAUUGCCGUAGCUUCGUCAACAACACCACUAGCAGCUGUCUCAACAACAGCAACACCAGUAACCUCAGCAACAGCAGCAUCCAUUCCCAUAACUUCACCAACAGCAACAGGCUCUUCAGCUGUAACAGCAGCAACAAUUGCCCUAGCUUCGUCAACAACACCAGCAGUAGCUGUUUCGACAACAGCAGCACCAGCAACCUCAGGAACAGCAGCAUCCUCUUCCAUAACUUCACCAACAGCAACACAAUCUUCAGUGGUAACCAUAGCAACUACUACAAGUGCCCUAGCUUCCUCAACAACAACAGUAGCAGCUGUCUCAACAACAGCAGCACCAGUAACCUCAGGAAUAGCAGCGUCCUCUCCCAUAACUUCACCAACAGCGUCUUCAGCUGUAACAACAGCAACAAUUGCCCUCGCCUCCUCAACAACACCAGUAGCAGCUGUCUCAACAACAGCAACACCAUUAACCUCAGGAACAGCAACAUCCUCUCUCGUAACUUCACCAACAGCAACAGGCUCUUCAGCUGUAACAACAGCAACAAUUGCCCUAGUCUCAUCAACAACACCAGUAGCAGCUGUUUCAACAACAUCAGCACCAGUAACCUCAACAACAGCAGCAUCCUCUCCCAUAACUUCACCAACAGCAACAGGCUCUUCAGCUCUAACAACAGCAACAACUUCAGGUGCGACAACUGCCUUAACAACACCAGUAGCAGCUGUCUCAACAACAGCAACACCAUUAACCUCAGGAACAGCAACAUCCUCUCUCGUAACUUCACCAAUAGCAACAGGCUCUUCAGCUAUAACAACAGCAACAAAUACCCUAGCUUCCUCGACAACCCCAGUAGCAGCUGUCUCUACAACAGCAACACCAGUAACCUCAGGAACAGCAGCAUCCUCUGCCAUAACUUCACCAACAGCAACAGGCUCUUCAGGUGUAACAACAGCAACAAUUGCCCUAGCUUCGUCAACAACACCAGUAGCAGCAGUUUCGACAACAGCAGCACCAGUAACCUCAGGAACAGCAGCAUCCUCUCCCAUAACGUCACCAACAGCAACACAAUCUUCAGUGGUAACCGUAGCAACUACUACAAGUGCCCUAGCUUCCUCAACAACAACAGUAGCAGCUGUCUCAACAACAGCAACACCAGUAACCUCAGGAAUAGCAGCAUCCUCUCCCAUAACUUCACCAACAGCAACCGGCUCUUCAGCUCUAACAACAGCAACAACUUCAGGUGCGACAACUGCCUUAACAACACCAGUAGCAGCUGUCUCAACAACAGCAGCACCAGUAACCUCAGCAACAGCAGCAUCCUCUCCCAUAACUUCACCAACAGCAACAGGCUCUUCAGCUCUAACAACAGCAACAACUUCAGGUGCGACAACUGCCUUAACAACACCAGUAGCAGCUGUCUUAACAACAGCAACACCAGUAACCUCAGGAACAGCAGCAUCCUCUGCCAUAACUUCACCAACAGCAACACAAUCUUCAGUGGUAACAACAGCAACAAUUGCUCUAACUUCGUCAACAACACCAGUAGCAGCUGUCUCAACAACAGCAACACCAUUAACCUCAGGAACAGCAACAUCCUCUCUCAUAACUUCACCAAAAGCAACAGGCUCUUCAGCUGUAACAGCAACACCAGUAACCUCAGGAACAGCAGCAUCCUCUGCCAUAACUUCACCAACAGCAACAGGCUCUUCAGCUGUAACAACAGCAACAAUUGCCCUAGUCUCAUCAACAACAACAGUAGCAGCUGUCUCAACAACAGCAGCACCAGUAACCUCAACAACAGCAGUAUCCUCUCCCAUAACUUCACCAACAGCAACAGGCUCUUCAGCUCUAACAACAGCAACAACUUCAGGUGCGACAACUGCCUUAACAACACCAGUAGCAGCUGUCUCAACAACAGCAACACCAGUAACCUCAGCAACAGCAACAUCCUCUCUCGUAACUUCACCAACAGCAACAGGCUCUUCAGCUAUAACAACAGCAACAAAUACCCUAGCUUCCUCGACAACACCAGUAGCAGCUGUCUCUACAACAGCAACACCAGUAACCUCAGGAACAGCAGCAUCCUCUGCCAUAACUUCACCAACAGCAACAGGCUCUUCAGCUGUAACAACAGCAACAAUUGCCCUAGCUUCGUCAACAACACCAGUAGUAGCUGUUUCGACAACAGCAGCACCAGUAACCUCAGGAACAGCAGCAUCCUCUCCCAUAACUUCACCAACAGCAACACAAUCUUCAGUGGUAACCGUAGCAACUACUACAAGUGCCCUAGCUUCCUCAACAACAACAACACUAGCAGCUGUCUCAACAACAGCAACACCAGUAACCUCAGGAAUAGCAGCAUCCUCUCCCAUAACUUCACCAACAGCAACCGGCUCUUCAGCUCUAACAACAGCAACAACUUCAGGUGCGACAACUGCCUUAAUAACACCAGUAGCAGCUGUUUCAACAACAGCAGCACCAGUAACCUCAACAACAGCAGCAUCCUCUCCCAUAACUUCACCAACAUCAACAGGCUCUUCAGCUCUAACAACAGCAACAACUUCAGGUGCGACAACUGCCUUAACAACACCAGUAGCAGCUGUCUCAACAACAGCAACACCAUUAACCUCAGGAACAGCAACAUCCUCUCUCGUAACUUCACCAACAGCAACAGGCUCUUCAGCUAUAACAACAGCAACAAAUACCCUAGCUUCCUCGACAACACCAGUAGCAGCUGUCUCUACAACAGCAACACCAGUAACCUCAGGAACAGCAGCAUCCUCUGCCAUAACUUCACCAACAGCAACAGGCUCUUCAGCUGUAACAACAGCAACAAUUGCCCUAGCUUCGUCAACAACACCAGUAGUAGCUGUUUCGACAACAGCAGCACCAGUAACCUCAGGAACAGCAGCAUCCUCUCCCAUAACUUCACCAACAGCAACACAAUCUUCAGUGGUAACCGUAGCAACUACUACAAGUGCCCUAGCUUCCUCAACAACAACAACAGUAGCAGCUGUCUCAACAACAGCAACACCAGUAACCUCAGGAAUAGCAGCAUCCUCUCCCAUAACUUCACCAACAGCAACCGGCUCUUCAGCUCUAACAACAGCAACAACUUCAGGUGCGACAACUGCCUUAACAACACCAGUAGCAGCUGUCUCAACAACAGCAGCACCAGUAACCUCAGCAACAGCAGCAUCCUCUCCCAUAACUUCACCAACAGCAACAGGCUCUUCAGCUGUAACAACAGCAACAAUUGCGCUAGGCUCAUCAACAACACCAGUAGCAGCUGUCUCAACAACAGCAACACCAGUAACCUCAGGAACAGCAACAUCCUCUCUUGUAACUUCACCAACAGCAACAGGCUCUUCAGCUGUAACAACAGCAACAAUUGCCCUAGUUUCAUCAACAACAACAACAGUAGCAGCUGUCUCAACAACAGCAGCACCAGUAACCUCAACAACAGCAGCAUCCUCUCCCAUAACUUCACCAACAGCAACCGGCUCUUCAGCUCUAACAACAGCAACAACUACAGGUGCGACAACUGCCUUAACAACACCAGUAGCAGCUGUCUCAACAACAUCAGCACCAGUAACUUCAGCAACAGCAGCAUCCUCUCCCGUAACUUCACCAACACCAACAGGCUCUUCAGCUGUAACAACAGCAACAAUUGCCCUAGCUUCGUCAACAACACCAGUAGCAGCUGUCUCAACAACAGCAACACCGUUAACCUCAGGAACAGCAGCAUCCUCUCCCGUAACUUCACCAACAGCAACGCCCUCUUCAGCUGUCGCAACAGCAACAACUUCAGGUGCGACAACUGCCUUAACAACACCAGUAGCAGCUGUCUCAACAACAGCAACACCAUUAACCUCAGGAGCAGCAGCAUCCUCUCCCAUAACUUCACCAACAGCAACAGCCUCUUCAGCUGUAACAACAGCAACACUUGCCCCAGCUGCCUCGACAACACCAGUGUCAGCUGUCGCAACAACAACAACACCAGUAACCUCAGGAAUAGCAGCAUCCUCUCCCAUAACUUCACCAACAGCAACAGCUUCUUCAGCUGUAACAACAGCAACAAUUGCCCUAGUCUCCUCAACAACACCAGUAGCAGCUGUCUCAACAACAGCAACACCAGUAACCUCAGCGACAGCAGCAUCCUCUCCCAUAACUUCACCAACACCAACAGCCUCUUUAGCUGUAGCAACAGCAACAACUUCAGGUGCAACAACUGUCUUAACAACACCAGUAGCAGCUGUCUCAACAACAGCAACACCAUUAACCUCAGGAACAGCAGUAUCCUCUCCCAUAACUUCACCAACAGCAACAGCCUCUUCAGCUGUAACAACAGCAACAAUUGCCCUAGCUUCGUCAACAACACCAGUAGUAGCUGUCUCAACAACAGCAGCACCAGUAACCUCAGCAACAGCAGCAUCCAUUCCCAUAACUUCACCAACAGCAACAGGCUCUUCAGCUGUAACAGCAGCAACAAUUGCCCUAGCUUCGUCAACAACACCAGUAGUAGCUGUUUCGUCAACAGCAGCACCAGUAACCUCAGGAACAGCAGCAUCCUCUCCCAUAACUUCACCAACAGCAACACAAUCUUCAGUGGUAACCAUAGCAACUACUACAAAUGCCCUAUCUUCCUCAACAACAACAGUAGCAGGUGUCUCAACAACAACAGCACCGGUAACCUCAGGAAUAGCAGCGUCCUCUCCCAUAACUUCACCAACAGCGUCUUCAGCUGUAACAACAGCAGCAAUUGCCCUAGUCUCAUCAACAACACCAGUAGCAGCUGUUUCAACAACAGCAGCACCAGUAACCUCAACAACAGGAGCAUCCUCUCCAUAACUUCACCAAC